UUAAAAAAAGAGCGGUGGAGGACGCGACAAAGAGAAAAUGUUGAGAAAUGCUUUUUGCAUCAUCACGUGGAGAUAUCGACGUUUAACCCAGCCAAUGUGUUUCCCCAACAUUUUUUAUCCAUUUUAUUUUUAUUUCAUUGGCAAUAAUUUAUUAAAGAUAUUUUGUUUACGUCCUUUAUUUUUUCAUUGUUCACUUAAUACUUGGAGUGAAGGCGCUAUAACAGUAAUAUUCUGUAGAAGAUUUGACGGUUUGGCGCUGAAACGGCCAGGUAAAAUUUUUGGGACUCAAACGUCCCUUAUCUCGAAAAAGUUAAGAGAAACGUUAAAAUGCGGAGACGGCAGAAUGUUCAACAUUUUUUCUAAAAUUCUUUUCAAAAAUUUCACGAGCUAAGACUCUGCGGUGUAACUUAUGCAAAGUUGCGCGUUGUAUUACGUUUCGCAUAGGUUUCUAGGUGCAUGUUUAACUUCUCAAUUUACAUUUUUAAAAACUGUUCAUUUUUGUAUAUUUCUUAUUUUGUUGUUUUAAGGAAUUAAUUUAUGUUUUCUAUUUUUAGUGAUUUCUAUAAUCUAAUAACAACUCUAAUUAAUAAGUAAUAAGGAUGUCCAAAGAACCAAUACACAGCGGCCAUUUUAUGACUUCAAAUCCCCACAGUGAACUAUCACCAGACGAUGAAGAUGAGGAUGUUGAGGUAGAUGUCGUCGACGUUGAUGAAUGUGUUUCUACUGCUCCACUUGAUAAAAAUGCUGCAAAAGAGAAGGAUGCCGAAAAACCCGUCACCUUUUACAAAUUUGGACCCCAAAAAACUCAAUCGAUUGCAAUUGAUGUUUCUUUAAACAAAUUGAACAAAUGCAUCAGAGUGGCUUAUAUGAAGAUGACAACACCUAAAUGGAAAGAUUUUAAGGGAAUCAAACUGCAAUGGAAACAUAGAAUUCGUCUAAAUAAUGUUAUUUGGCGUGCCUACUAUAUGGAAUUUCGCAAACCUGGAAGAAAGCGACGGCCGCCAUAUUGCUAUUUCUCGGUUCCUGACGAUGAUAUGACUCAUGUGAAGAUAGAGGGAAGUGUUCUUGAAGGAAUAAUGGAAGCAGUUUGUGCACAAUAUAAGCGAUGGAGGGCCUAUUUUUCAAGAAGAAAGCGUUGCUGUAGGAGAAGGGGACAUAGCUGCAGUUGUGAUCAAUCAACAUCAAAUCAUCAUCAUCUACUUAUUCCUAUGAAUGAAUCUUCAAGCCAUCAUUCACAACUCUUAUUAAACAAUCAACAAUUUUUGAGAAGUAUGACACCAGAUAAUUUAAGUACAAUGGCUACAGAAUGUUUUUUGGGCACAUUAUUUGAUUUUGAUGAUGAUAUGGACAAUGAAUUCACCAAUCAACUAUUCGAACAAUUAAAUGCGCCAUUUUUAUUUCCAAAUCCAAAAGAGGAAACUUCUGUUCAAUGUGAUAAUGCUGAUAUAUUACAACCUGGAUUGCUCUCAUUACAACCAAGUAUUGAAGAAAUAAUGUCAACAGAUUACCCUUAUGGCUCUUCAGAAUAUUCCUCCAAUCAACUACCAACAACAAAUCAACCAAUUGAAUAUUCAAAUGCAUUAAUAGAAAAUAAUGGAAGAGGAAGAUUGAAUACAGCAACAACAACAUUAAAAAACCAAUCUCAACAACAACAAGUUUUGUCCUCAACAAGAAGUCAUCUUCCGACGCAUCUAUCAAUUGCGGGAAAUGACAAUGGUAUACCUUUACAACAACAACAAUUAUACUCUGAAAGAGAAUAUGAUGCUGCCAAUAUGUUAAUUAAUUAUAGCAAUCAAGCACAAAAUCUUCAUUUACAACAACAACAACUCUCUUCAUCGCCUUCAAAUAAAGUAUUAAGAAAACAUCAAAAACAGCAACACUUGUUAGAAACAACAACAAUGUCUUCAUCUUCUUCUGAUCAAUCAACACCAUUUAUUGAAAUACAAUCAGCAGGAAUACCGCAAAUAUUAACACCAAAUAUUUCAAAUCCAUUAUAUUCACAAGCAGCUGCUUAUGAAACACAAAGAAUUGCGGCAGCAUUAAAUAGUGGAGGGGAUCAGAAGAAUUCUGAAAGACAAAUGAAAAUUGGUGGAGGAAGAAAUAUUUACAACAAUAACAAUUCUUCAUUGUUCCCACCAACACCAAUGUCAAAAAUUGCGAAUCAGACAUCUACUACGCAUCAAAUAAUUACUUCUGUUGCAUCAUCUUCACAUCCUUCCCAUUUUUCUUCACCAAUUAAUUAUUCUUUGUUGGCCGCUGCUGCUACAACAAAUUCUGGAAAUCAAUCAACUUUUAAUCAACAACAAACAAAUUUAUUAAAUAGAACAUUAACUUCAACUUUGUCAAACCCAAAUCCAAUAAUUAGUCAAUGGUCUUCAACAUCUUGGGGUUCUCAACAACAACAAACAUAUCCAUUUUUGCAACAACAAUCUCCAGCGGCAACUACUCUUGUUAGAAAGGCAUCUGAAAAUAAUCUCCUAACACCGUCACAACAACAAUCAUUGCCAUCUAUUCAUCCACCAAAUAUUUCUCUUAGAAAUUUUAGUACACAAUCAUUACUUUCUUCUUCCAAUACAUCAUCACAACAACAACAACAACGUUCUUUUCCUUCAACAAAUUCUUCACUUGUUGCAAGUUUAGUUUCAUCAACAACUUUAACAUCAAAAAAUGAGCAACAACAACCAUCAAUACUUUCUUCUCAUUUAUUGAGCAAAUCUUUAAUUGAACAAAAACAAAAUAUUGAGCAGCAACAGCAACAAAAAAUUGAUCAAAGCAAUGACCAAUUAUUACAAUCAUUAACAGAAGCAAAUAACAAUGCUUCUAUUGGCCCUCAAGCUGUUAAAAGAUUUGUUAUGAGCGAUAUAUCAAGAUUCCUUACUCAGCAAACUCCAAUUAUUACAAAUUCUCCAUUAAUUCAACCUGGAGAUAAAUCAGCAUUUGUAACUGGAUUUGGGCAAACAACAUCUUUAACAAAUUGUUCCCUGCAAAAUACUUUUCCGUCUUCGAUUUCUAUUCAACAACAGCAGCAAUAUUCACCUUCUAUAAUUAAUAAUAUUCCUGUGCAAGUAAACGAAUUAAUGGGAACAAGAGGCCAAAAACAACAUCUACAACAACAAAUAUCUCCAAAUUCAACAAAUAUUCCUCUUUCUCCCCCUACUAAAACAGCAUUUUCACCACCGCAACAAUUAUUACCAAGAAAGAUGUCUGUUUCAAUUUCUUCAGCAUUUUCAUCUCCAAAUAAUAAUUUGAGCGAUGAUAACAAAAAAAUCAGAGGAUCAAGUUUUUCUUCAUCUUCAUUAUUAUCUUCUACAAAUCAUCAAAAACAACAAAGAUCACAAACAACAACUACUACGCAUUUGGGUAAAAGACAACAACAACACAACAAUCAAAUAAAUAAUUUAUCGCCACCGCAAAAACAUCAAAAAAAUAAUGUUGCUGUUGAAAACAAUAAUAAUGUUUGUUUGGUUGCUCAAACAUCUACAACAAAUAAUAAUUCAUUUAUUGAUGAACUUGAGUUUGCUUCUAUUGGACCUGUAAAUAUUCCCUCUACAGAAUCACAACAAUUACAACAACAACAACAAUGUUUUAAUAAUACUGGUAAUAAGAGAAGAAAUUAUAAACAAUUAUCAUCACCACGAAAUUCAACAACUAAUAUGUCUCCACCAAUAAUUAUUCCUUCGCAACAACAACAACAGAUGCAACAACCUUCUUAUUUUAAACAUUUACCCCCAUCAAAUGAAGCUAUUUUAUUAAAUUCUUUAAUUGAAAAUAAUUGUAAUAAUACAACAAUUAAUGAAGAAUUAAAGCAACAUAAAUUACUUGAAUUGGGGCAAUUUAAACAAAACUUGGAGGUUAAAAAAGAAGAUGGGAUUGAUAAUAGAAAUUUGGAGGAGAAAACAGAAAUGUGUAGCCCUUUUUCUUCAACCAAUGAUUGUAUAUUACAAGAUGACAAUAAUUUAUCUCCUCCAUAUUUUUCAUCAUCUACAACAACAAUAUUAACAGAAGAAGAAGGUUCUACAUUAAAUAUUUGUACAAAUUCGGCAGCAGCUGAUUCAACAUUAAAUCCAGAUGAACGUAAACGUAUAUUACAUUUAAAUGCGGAGAAGAAUCGUCGUUCAGCAUUAAAAGAAGGAUUUGAUUGUUUGGUUAAAGCAAUACCUUUAGUUGAACAAGCUGGACUAAAAAGUACAAAUGCUGUAGUACUUAAUAGAGCGGCACAACAUAUAAAGAAUUUAAAAUUAGAACAAGAGAAGCAAUUAAAUCAAAUGAAGAUUUUUAAAGAAAAAAUUGCUUGUAUGAAUGAAAGAAUUGCUAUGAUCCAAGCAAAUUUGCCUUCAUCUAAUUUGAAUGGUUCUAAGAAUAAUGACAAUUCUCCAACAAUUAGGAUUCAAGUGGAGCAAUUUUUUGAACGUUACAAACGAGAUAAAUCACAGGAAGACUACAGAUUUUGGCUGAUGAGUGAAGUCAUCAAACCAAUUGUCUACUCUUUUGCUGAACAAAUAUAUCCAGAUGGAACUAAUCGAGAGCGAUUGUUACUGUCAGCAAAAAAAUGGUUAGAUGUACAUUGGAAUUCUGGAGUUCUGAGGCCAAUUGCUUCGGAUACACUUGUUAGAGUGGCUACAGCUAGCGGAGCAUUUACCAAUGAACAGGCUUUGAUUGGAUAUUUUUCUCAACAAAUCAACCAAGAAGUUUCGCCAAGUAGCAGCUCAUCAUCAACUUCAUUAUCACAACAUUCUUCCUCAUCAACCAAUUUUGUUAGAAGAAAAUAG